AUGAACGCCAAUUUCCCAAUCCCCUCCGAGCCUAACCACUACCCGCAAGACGAUGAUGGCAGCCUGUCAUGGUCUAGGUACUCACCCUCUGAGGAAGAGCACGAGCAUAUCAGAGUCAGAUCGGGCACGUCGUCUCCGAUCUCUCCUGAACCUUUUCAACAUGGACCAACAACCUUCCCUGCCCGCACUUUCACCAGCGACGACUUCCUAACACUGACGGAUCCCCUCCCUUCAAGCAUUCUCCCAAAGAUUCGAUCGAUCCUCUCGAGAUCUGAUAUCGAUUUCUCAAACGUCUAUGAGGAAGACGUCUUCCGGCUGCUGGAGUCCGACUACGCUGUAUGGGGCCAAUGGCUCGACGACAACAAACUUCUCGUUUCUGGUCUGAUGAACCAAGUAUAUCUCGAGGAGGCCCGGAAACACCAGGCCGUGAGGGAGAUUUUGGAGAGCGCACUUGCGAGUGUUUCGUUGGCGAACGGGGCAGCGAUCACUCUAGAUGACAAAAUCGAUACGCUCGCGUCUCAGAUGACGCAUAUCCAGAUGGCGAAGGAGGAGGGGGAAGAUGGGACCAUGACCAUCAUGGACACACUCGCGUCGGCUCUUUCCGGCAUUGCGCUGGCUCGGAUACGCCCACAUAGCCUGACACGUUCACAUCUCCAAAUCAUGCACCCCGGACCUGUUGUUAGACCCACCGCGUUUCUCUACAUUUUUCAUGCCCCUCUCCUACUGGCAGUUGUAGAACGCGAGUUAACGCCUCGUGCUUAUGGUCUACCUAUAUGGCAUGCAGAGCCUAAUGGCGAUGGCAGAGAAGUCCACAUUGGAGAUGUCGGAUAUAUCUCUGAUGGAAGGUUUGAGCGAGUAUUCAACGUCCUCUUCGAGGACUCCAGGGAUCCGUCACUGAGUCGCAGUCUCUCCCGUCUGAACUCGCCUUCCCCCGGGUCUGGUGGGCCAUCUGAAUAUUUCCACCCCGGGGAGAGCAUACUCUUCGAGCCCAAUCCCGAUGGCGUACCGAGUGGACAUCAGCCACUAGAGAUCUCCACGUCAGCAGUUCGCAUUCACGCACAUCUGGAUGGGCCAAUAGCAUCGCACAACACGCUAAUCAAGAGGUCAAAGGCAGGCGCAGAGCUUCAGCCUCCCAAUAUUCCUCUCGGAUUGGGAGGUAAAUUUGAGUUCAGUUCCAGCCGAGAUUCCGGGGCAGCGCUGUUCAUGCAAACGCCUGGGGAGGAUCGGUGGGCUCAGCCCGUGUCGCGCUUCACAGACUACGCCCGACCACUCUGGGGGACCUGGACGGAGGGAACGUCUGCAUGGAACGCAAUUGCCUUCCAGCAGGAGUCUCGGUCCGGAUCUGUCUCCUUUAGUCUAUCUGUCCCCGCCAUCGGCCCCAUGGACAUCGAAUACGCUGAGCAAGUCACGUCCGAUAUCGUCUAUGACAAGAAUCACGGGCCCCAGUUUCAUCUUCCUAGAGUCGAGCACCACGAUAGCACGACUUGCUUGGGAUGGGAGCAAGGGAUCGAUCGGUCGUGGUGCUCACUUGGUGUCCUUGUUAUCCCCUGUUGA